AUGUCAUUUGUGGGUAUCUACAAGCUCGGCAGGCAACAUCGUUCCCCGCUCGUUAGAUCCGGUCGGAGAUGGUUCGCUGUGGACAGCUUAAAGCAAGAUAAAGCAGCCUCGACGCGAACAACACAAACGAAGUGCGAACCGUCGCUGACGUGCCGGCUUUGCGGUCCGUUGGGGCCGCCGCACACUGCAUCCUUCGUGCAGAUGCUGCUUCCGCGAGCAGGACAUGUUAUAUCCUCCUCGCGAUUCCCUCAAGCAGGAGUGCGAUCGUGUAGUUUCGAUAGCAGUUCUUCCUGCGUUGCCCGUGACGCCCGAUUGUUUCAUUCUUUCAACAACGGCGUGGCGGGCGUGAGCGGAUGGCCGUCAGCUUAUUCGGGAAAUUGGACACUGAGACAUCCCGAAUUCCCAGCCCGUCACAUUUGCUUACCCUCUCCCCCUGGACAGCACGUCGUAUGCUCAUCCCACUCACUCGAUAAGUAUCGCAAGGGAAGCAGUGAGGAAAAGCUUCGGGACUUAUCGGCUGCCGCCUGGCGAAAUUCGCCGCCUCUUCCGAACGUCGGGCAUAUAUCGGCCGUCUUUGCUGCCACUGCCUUCCAUCCUGCGCGACCGCACUCAUCUUGGUUGAUGGACCAGUUCAGGCGGCUGCGUUCCCACGAUGGCACUACCGAAGCGUCAUGGUCUUCGAAGGCGCGGACUCAACCCGAGGCCUUCUUUCGUGAUUGUUCCACGGGCACCCCAACCGGCUUGACUUCGAAAAGUGGUAUCUUCAAUCCUGCCAUCGUUGACAGCCCUCGAAUGGGCAGUCCUGUGUCUUUUGCUGGACCGGCAUUCAAGUGCGACAAUCGGCCGCCCAGGACUUUCUAUCAUCCACUGCGAGCAUCACCUGAUGCCACCACAGCAGUUCAUCUCGAGGACUUGACUCUCGACACGGCUGAUGGCGACCGCUCGCGGCUCCCGUCGUGUGCGGUAGAGUCGGCAGUGGCGACGCCUUCGCACUCCGUGAAGCGCACACGGGCAACCUCCAGCCCGCAUCGACGUUGCAGUAGACGUCUUGAUGCGCCGCGUGGACAUGAACAGCCUGCUGAUCCCUGCACGCGCGGCACGCGCAAGAGCAAAGUCCGGCCACCCGCUUCCCAGAAUGUAGGCUCCAGCCAGUCGCAGUAUGGACGUCAGACCAAAUAUGACCGGAUACCCGGUGGCCUGCCGGCCUGCAGCGCCGCGAAACCAUUUACUCCCGGACCAAGGGACUCGGGCUACGAGUCUCAUCACGAACCUGCUUCUUUUCCCACAGCGCCCAGUUCUUUGUCAUGUGUCCACGAGACCGUCCCUCAUGAACAGUGCCCUCCAGAAUACAACGGCCUCUCCCCGGGUAAGGGUCAAUACAACAUGGCACCCCAACCCCCAAUCACUCCAAUCACAAAAGUGCAACUGGCAGCCGAGAUCAAAGGAAUCUACGCCGCCCUCGUCCAAGUAGAAGCCAGAUGCAUCAAGAUCCACAACGACCAGGCCAAGGAUCCGGACUCGGAGCUGAGCGCGGAGCAGCUGCAAGCAUUGAUCGGUCUACAGCGCACGCUCCUCUACGAGCAUUACGACUUCCUCGUUGCCACGCAGCACUCGGCCGCUACAUCGACGCUGAAAGGACUGCCGGCAAAAUACAGCAUGCCUGCGCGCAUGUGGCGCCAUGGCAUUCAUGCCUUCCUCGAGGUGUUGCGUGUCCGACGGCCGCACUCGCAGGAGUAUAUGUUGUCGUUCAUCGGGCUCGCAUAUCAGAUGAUGACGCUUUUGUACGAGACCGUGAAGUUGUUUGAGGACACUUGGAUCGAGUGCUUGGGCGACUUGGCGCGAUAUCGGAUGGCGAUCGAGGAGCACCGCGAGGGCCAUUACAUCUGGGGAGGCGUCGCAGCGUGGUGGUAUCGACUCGAAUCUGACCAACACCCCGAGGUUGGAAGGCUGUACCAUCAUCUCGGCAUACUGGAAUCUCCGAGCCUACGCAAGUUCUCCCUCUACUCCAGAGCUCUCACCAGCCAGAAACCGUUUUACAACGCCCGAGACUCCCUGACCACGCUGUGCACCCCAAUCAUGCAAGGCGAGACCCCCAGCUACAAGGUCGCCGACUCCUCUGCUCAAAUUGCCCUCCUCAAAUUUCAUGCCUCCGUCUAUUCAAAGUGUAACGAGGAUGAACUACGCGUCGCCGCUCGCAAAGCUUUGUCCUUGCUCGAGCACGACUCCACGACCGAAAUCCGAAAAUACGGCGUCGAACUAGUCGUCAGCAACAUCGCCGCGCUCCUCGAACUCGGCACUCCGCAGAACCACCUCUGGCAAGCCUUCAGCCACGCUUUCCACGACUCCAAAAAUGACAUCUACCCACCCGACCUUGCGUCUUGCGCCAGCCUUUCGCCCACCCAAGCACCCCCGCCCGUGUUCGACUUUGUCUACUCAGCCUUCAACCUCCUCCUCCACCGCGCGACUACCUCCACUUCCAACCUUUGCGACCUCCUACCCACAAUCCACGCCAUUCUCCUCUGGCUCCACAGCCUCCUCACCCUGCAACAAACCCCCAGUGCUCCACCGCCGACAGCCUCCACCACCCAUGAUGCGCCACCAGACAAUACGAGCAGUCUGUUCUUGCAACCAGAGUCCUUCUCCUGGGGUAGACUAAGCAGCAUCCUCAACGCGACGGCGCGCAUCAGCACCAGCACCGCGACGCAACCCAUCAGCGACCGCACCGUCGAGCUCGCGCGCCAAAUGCGGUUUCCAGAGCACUCCAAACCUUUACCGGAGGACUUCACUUUCCGCGGCUUGAACUGGCUUUCGCAGAAGUACUACCCUUCGUCCACCACGUACUUCCCCAAAGAUGUAAAUGACGGAACGCGUGGCGCAAGCGCGGGUUGA